AAAUUUUAUUGUGAUGUGCUAUAUAUAUAUGUGUGUAUUUGUUUGGAAAUGCUGAACUAAGUUUGUGAAUUGAGUAUGCGUAACUUAGGGUUCUGUUCUGUUGUGUUUUGUUGUUUUUGUUUCGACAUUCUUGUGCUGCAAAUAGUGGGCCUGGUAAAACUUAUAAGCUGCUUAUUUCAGUUUUUGACUUAAUUUAAGUUAAAAUAUUUUAUUUUUGGUAGAACUUAAACUAUCAGAUUAUAGCUUUAAAAAAGCUAUUUUCAGCUCUUUUGGAGAAGCUGCUCUGAGGGUGCUUACAAAUUAUAGGGUAAUUCUAUUUACACAUCACAAAACUUCUCAGUACAUAUCAUUUCCAUAAUUUUUUUUAUUACACUUAUAUCCCUUUAUCAAAUUACCAUUUUGGACAUAAUUCUAACCCUAGACUCUUUUGGGCACCACCACCUAUCACCAGCCUCCGUCGUCUACUUGCAUUCCCGGCCACCGUCAUUGAAACCUAACCACUAUCGUAACACCCAUAACUUUUCUACCUCGCCAGCGAUAACUUUCCUCUCUGCAAACCCUCAUCCCUCCCCCACCAGCAAACAACCCAGCCCCCCACCUCUGCCAUUGCCUAUUUUUCUCCAUCGCAGAGAGAGAGAGAGAGAGAAAAUCGUACGAUUUUCAGAUCUAGAUCUAGGGUUUGCAAGAGUCCGAUUGUGCAAACUAGAUUUGAAGCUCCAAUCUAGGAUUUCAAGCUUCGAAUCGAAGCUUCACCACUGCAGUUGCCUUCGACGAGAAACUCCUCUCUGAUGGGUUGAGAAAGAUCACUGUAGAGGGAGGAUUACGGUGGUGGGAGUGGGUUUGGCAGUUUCUAGAGAUAGAAAAGAAGAAGAAGAAGGAGGAGGAGAUGGGUGGGACGAGAGGUUACGGCAGAGGGAGGAUUACAGUGACUUCUCAAAUAAGUUCAUGUUCAAUUCAUGCAGCUAGAUGAGAAUCGACCCCAUUGUAGAGCUCAAUGAAGAAUAGAAGGAAUGUUGAGAAGGUUUCGAAAACUUAAAUGGAGCAAAUAAGUAUAAUGCAGUAUGAUGUAAUGGACACAUCACUAAGAAAGCCUCAUUGUUCUAUUAUUAUUGUGAACUAGGUGACAUCUAUUGGGUGAUCAACCUUCAUAUCCCUUAGUGAAUACUGGAUUAACUGCUGCAAGUAACUAGGUACUAUAUGGAAGUUCAAAAUUUUGUUCAGUUGCAAAUUUUCCUGCUAGUGGGAAUCCAGCUGACACUCCUUGCAGGCAUUGGCUCUUGCAUGCAUACUUUUUUAGCAUCAACUGAGCGGGGCAAGUGUAACUCAAAUUCUGAUGUCAAAACUCAAACUACAAGUGAUUUUCCUUGUUUAGAGAAAUAUAUUACAGAACCUUAUUUUGAGAAACAUGAUAGCUUGCUCGGUUUCGAUUUCCAAAAUUUCAUGACAAAUGAGAUACCCCUUGGCUUAUGUGGAGAGCUGCAAGAUAAACUCAGUCUUGUGCUGAGGAUGUCAGUUACGCAACGGCAUCUAAUUGGUGAAGGUUCUCACCGUCACCUGUCUUCAUCCAUUAGACUCAGCAUCCAGCCUGAGUCCACAACUGAGCCACCUAGACACUUGUGCAAGAUCAUACUUGUAGAAAGACUGCCCUCUGGCAUUUUUGCAGAUCCAUUUGAGCUCCAACAUCUUCUUGAGCGGGGAGUUUUUACAGACGCAGCUGUUUUUGGUGACACAAAUUUGGAGUUGCCUUGUGUAGUUUCAAAUCGGUCUGUUGUUGAGGUUCACAUGGAUGUUGGUCAUAAUAUAUUAGCAGGACAUUACAAUGGACUGGAAAUCAACAUUCAGCUUCCAUUACACGCACGUUAUCCGCCUUUAGGUGAACAUCGCUUUUCAAGAGUUGAAUUUGGCAAACCUGACAUAUUCAUACGCUGCAACAUUGAAGGGAAAUCACAUGAUCAAGGUUGUUUAUUUAUGCCGACUGGUACCAGUGAUGAAUCCCAAACUGCUGUGGUGUGGGAAAUUCCUUGUGGAAUUAAAGAACACUCUGAAGUUGUCUCUUUUGUCACCUUCAUUUCAGCUGUUCUAUCAGCUUUCUUAAUUGUCUUGACAUCUAUUUAUUAUCCAGAUAUUCAGAAAUCAGGAGAGAUUUGAAACUUAAAAACAAUCUUUAUUUAUUCCUCAUUGUUUUCCUGGCAUCGUCACUUGCUGAAUACAAAACUGGUGCUAUUUGGGUGGGAACUA